GAAUACUGCAGAUUGCCAAUUUUGGGAUUUAGGAGAAUAUGUGCAGAGGAAAAUGGUGGUGAUGGAGAUCUCUGGAUCAGCGCUUCCCGCCAUAUUGGGCUCGGUGUUUUUGCUUUAUCUCGCUGUAUCCAAUGCCCUAACAUCCGCGAUUGAUUCGGCGACGCUGCCGUCUUGUUUCCACCGGCGGAAUGGAGAUGCAAUCGAGUGCGAAGUGGAACAGGCGGAGCACGAAAUCGCUCGAUUAGAAUCGAUCCUCGAUGAAAGAACCAGAGAGGUGGAAUCGAAAGGUUGGCAUUUCCGUGACUGUGAGAAGAAAAUUGAGGCAUUGAAUGCGCGGAUUGAGAGUGAGAAAGCUGCCUUGUCGAUAUUCGAGCGCGAUUACUUGAAUGCAAGCCGUAAGCUGAACAAUCUCGAGGAAGAGGUUAAAGUUCUAUGGGCUGCCUCUCGGACAAAUAACUUCGAAAUUCACUCUUUGGAGUACAAAGCUUUGGAUGCCGAAAGAAGGUUGAAAGAUGCCACUUUACAGGUCACAGAGAUGGCUGAAAUUGUAUCAGAACAAUGGAUUCAAAUUCAGCAGCUUGAACAGGCCGUUCAUAUGGCAGAGAUUCGAACGUCAAAGAUUAGAAAAGAGCUUUGGAGAAGAUGCCCAGUUGUUAAGUUCUUUAUUACACUUUAUGAAGAUUGUCUCGAAACAUUAGAGGGCAUUCUAUAUCCUUACAUUCCGGGAGCCUAUUCAUUGUUGGGCAAGUGCAAGUCAAUAGCUUUGCAGUCAUUUGCUGCUGGGAAGCGAUACCAUCAUCAGUUGCAAGGUUUCAUUAAGAAUGCAAUGAGUAGGAAUGAACUUACUGCAGCUCUUGCUCAUCAAGAAGUGGUCUUUUUUGUGGCAUCAGCUCUGGUUGCUUUUCCAAUAAUGUCCAUAUGCAUGUUGCUCCUGUCGCAAUCUAGCUAGCCAGGGCAGAAUGAAUUGCCAUGGAGAUAAAGGUACCAAUAUAAUCCAAAUUAUAUCCGAGGAAUCAUCCGUGCAGGCCAUUUUUAGAUCAUCUGGGAUUCGAUGAGGGCAAUGUAGGGAUCAUCAAUCACUGGAAAGAUUCGUUUAUUGCCUACGAGGGAGACAACAAGAAUGUUUCCUACGGCAAGUGGUAACAUCACACACACUUUGCGCGAUAAAGCCCUGCUCUUAGUCGCAGAAAUCAUAUUUGAAAUUGUAUUCUCUUUCUAUUUUUAACAGUCGUAGAAAUCAUAUUUGAAAUUGUACUCUCUUUCUAUAUA